CUAAUAUUUAUUAACGAGGAAAACGGAGAGAAGGCUCCCCCAUUAAACGAUCAUCAUCACCAGCCGUAGACAGUCCAAACUGCGUCUGUGAAGUCUUGUCUGCCAGCUGCUCCGACGGCAAGGGGUCCGCCGGAAUCGUCUACAGGGGCUAGAAUCGUUAUUUUUCCCACGGUUCGAAGAUAUUGGGUUUUAGAAUCUCCCUUAACAAGAAAACACCAAUGGCAGAACUUAGUCUGGGUAUAUUGAUAGACAUUCUAGAUGAAGAAUGGAUGAGAGACACACUCCCUCAUGAUGAUCUUCUACUCCCUCCCGUGCUGGUUGUUCGGCCUGAUGACACCGAGGACUCAAAUCAGGAGGCUCAGCCAGUUGAUACCGAUACCUGGCAUGAUCUUGCCCUAGGUAACCAAUGAACCUUUUCCUAACUAAGGAUGGUCUGUUUUCAAGAGAUUUGCUUCAAGUUAGAAAUUUUAUGAUCAUAUUCUCUUGCUGUAUUCGCAUUGUAGAUUUUCAGAUUUCAUUAAAAUCCAUGCUGUAGAUGUUAAAGAUCUAUGUAGAAAGCGUUCCUUUGUGGCAAAAGAAACUAUGUACAUGUUCGUGGCAGUCGGUUAAGACUAUUGAUGGAUUUGCUGCUCUCUUUUGUAAUUUGUUGUGUGGAGACAGACUGAAAUAUUGUUUAUUAUUAUGAGAUCCAUGUCCAAUUCUAUUUGAAAGA